AUGUCGAUGAGAGCUGUGGAAAAGGGAAGCCCUCGCCGAGGUCUGUCUGUCGUCUGCGAGGCCACUACAAAGAAGGCGGACUCGGCUGCUAAGAGAGCUCGCCAGGCCGAGAAGAGGCGGAUAUAUAACAAGUCCAAGAAAUCGGAAAUGAAAACCCGAAUGAAGAAGGUUAGUUCUACGGCCUCGUCACGUUGAAAUUAAAGUGUAUAGGUGUGCUUUCUUUCUAUAAAUCUGGGGCAUUUUGUGAUGUCGGUGUCUGUCACGAGAAUUCAGAUUGAAUAAAAAAUGAUCUGAAAACAUUUGGUGAUAUAAUCUCGCAGGGGUAUCAAUUCAGAAUCUCUUACCCUCGUAAUAAGCAAUCUGGAAAUGAAUUUCUCUGCUGUGAGUUCCGAGAGAAGAAAUCAGCCAGUAUUGUUGACCGUAGGGUUCCGUUGUUCUUCAAUCUCAGGGGUCGGAGUUUAACUUAGUCUCUCACUAUCCCUGUAAUCCGAUUGUCACCCUGUUUUAUCAUAAUUUUAAGCGUCAAUAUCAUGUGCUAAUCGUUAAUCACGUCGUGUUCUCUGCUUCGGAAGAAAUUCGUUGUUUCUGCCAGGUCAACACCGUUUCAGUUUAAGCCUCGGUCAACUAAAUUGCGCUUAGUCUGAAUUUAUUUUGGGUUCCGGUCUUGUUUUGGAUCUGGAUAAGUCAUCAUUAAUCAACGGAAAGAUCAUCGCGAGAUUAUGUUGAAAAGUAAUUUAAUGACGUUAGCUCCUGACAGAAACUAGUUUAUGUUGCUAAGAUGUGGACCUACGAAUCCGCUCUUCCUGGUAGCAUUAGCUGAUUCAUUUGAUUUUUAUUUUAUUUUCCUGGCCCAACUCUAUCCCUAAGAGUAGGCGACAUUUAAUCAAAUGCCAGCUUCAUAUCCGCUGUAGAACAGCGCACAAAAAGUAGUUCAGCACAGAAAUUGUCACUGCUCCAUUUUAAUGCCCGAGCUUGCGACAUGAGCGUGAAAGAUGUUCUUCGAAGCGUGGCGUCUCCCAAUAAAUUCCCUCAAUUUUUUUGUAUCAUCCCUUUCAUAUCUGAAAUACAGUUGGGUGAAAUUGGAUCAUGGUCAGACCGUCCGAGCAGGGCAACGGUCGUCUGAUCCUACUGUCUGUAUGCGAGGGGCGUCACACUAUUCCAAUUUUUUUUAUUAUUAUUCUUUUAUUUCAUGAAUUAUGUUUUUUAUCUUUAUUAUUUCAGAACUUCCGUUCAGGGAUACCAUAAACGAUCAAACACUGCCCCGGUGUUUGUGAUGUAUAUUUUUGAUCUUUGAGACUAAUCUCCACAGUCCUAGAAAUUAAAUAACACAUGCUUUGUGCGAUGGGAAAUUGUAGAAUACUGCCUUAAUAGUUCAUUGGCGAUGGCGGGGAAGGCACUGACCCAAGAACUGUUGAAUCAGAAGUUGAGUUGGGAAAGAAAAAAUGAAGACGGAGGUUGUUGUGUUCUUCCUCAAGGAUUAGCCCAGCCUGCAUUGCCCAUAUAAGCAAUUAAAUGGAGGAUAUAAUUAUUUUUUACUGGAAAUCUGUUUACAGUGAUGAAGAAGAGUCAACUUCUAGCGAGCCACUCAAACAAUCAGCUGCUUCAGUAGCCUCAUCUCAAUUCCCCGCUAAUCUUUUCUCAACUUGGAUGCUCAUUUAGGGUUGGAAUUUCUUUCUAUUCUUAUGAUUUUAUUCAAAUCAGCAUUACAUACAUCGUACAUUAUUUUGGUAGGUCAUAUUUUUCCUUUCGAAAAUUAGUGAAGAAGAGUCUCAAGAAACUCUCUGCUCUCAGCUCCCUCACUCAAUCUAUCCUAACCCACGUAUUUCACUUCGGUUCAGAAUUUCUUUCUAUAUUUAUGAUUUAUUUCAAUCAGCAUUGCAUACAUAGUAUUUCAUUUUGCAAUACCAUAUACAUAUAUAUAUAUAUAUGUAUCUCUGUGUGUGCAUUUUUUUCCUCCCAAUCCUAAAUCAUGGAGCCAACCCUAAAUCAUCCUCCCACACCAGGUUUUCGAAGCAUUGGACGAGCUUAAGAAGAAGGCGGAGGCGCAGGCCGAGGAGCUCCUCCCGGUGGAGAAGCUGGUUGCGGAGGCGUACUCGGCGAUCGACAAGGCGGUGAAGGCGGGCUCGCUGCACAGGAACACUGGCGCCCGCCGCAAGUCCCGCCUGGCGCGGAGGAAGAAGACCGUGGAGAUCCACCACGGCUGGUACACCCCCUCACCUGCCGCUUGA